UUUUGUUCGGUUUCCUUUACCUGGUUGAAUUGUCAGAAGUGGCUCUGCAAACGCAUACCUACCAGUUUAACAACACUAACAUAAAAGAGGAUAGCGACUGGCUCUCAUUCAGUCAGGCUGCGAGUCUCUCCACGAACCGACGUAGCGCGCCGCCGACGACGACACAGACCACUCGAAAUACUGUUUAAAACUCUUGUUAUUUUAAAUUAGUGACAUAUAACCACUUCCAUCCAGGCAAACCGCAAUUAAAGGCAACCAGACGACGAACGAGUUUCCAAAAUACCACUUGUGUUUGCCGUAAGGAUUUCACGGACGAUCCAACAUGUUAAAAAUAGUAGCCCUCGGGUUGCUUGUAAUUUCGACGGUGACUGGUCAAUGCUUCUACAAAGAUGAUUCAGCUAAGAAGCUGGACCCUGAGGCUCGCACAUCUCUCUAUAGGGGCCAAUUGGAGUUUACCCUAAAUUUGUUUAACUCCAUUAAUGAUGCGUAUCCCACCGACAACAUAUUCUUUUCGCCGUUCUCAGUGUACCACUCUCUGCUUCUGGCUUACUUUUCUGCUGGGGGCCAGACGGAAGCAUCUCUGAAGGAGUCGCUACAGAUAGCGAAAUCUUUGGAUAAAAUCAAUUUGAUAACAGCAUACAAGAUAGACCGGCGGUCUCGCUUGACGAACAACAAUAGCGCCAGCUACGAGUUCAACAGCGCCAACAAAAUGUUCGUCGACGAAACGCUCGACGUCAGACAGUGCUUGCUCGAUAUCUUCGAGGACGAACUAGAGAGACUUAAUUUCCACGAGAUGCCAUCGGAAUCGCGCGAGCACAUUAACAAGUGGGUGGCCGCGGUGACCAAGAACCACAUCCAGACGUUGAUCCCCGAGGAUGGCAUCACGCACACCACGAAGCUUGUGCUCGCCAACGCGGCCUACUUCAAAGGCGUCUGGGCCUCUAAAUUCCCCGCAGAACGGACAAAGAAAGAGGCAUUCUUUGUUUCCGAAACUCGUCAAACGCUGGUGCCGUUUAUGAAGCAGAAAGGCACUUUCCAUUUCAUGGUGAGCGAAGACCUCGGCGCGCAGAUUUUGGAGCUGCCCUACAAAGGAAACGACAUCAGCAUGUACAUCCUCCUGCCGCCGUACUCUAUGAAGGAAGGCGUGAAGAACAUCAUAGCCAACCUGACGCCCGAGCGACUGGCCGCCGUAGUAGAGGAAAGCUACAUGGGCCGCGAAGUCAUCGUCGAGAUCCCCAAGUUCACCGUUGAGAAGAGCCUGCCCCUGAGGCCUAUCUUGCAGACUCUGGGAGUUGGCGACUUGUUCAACAGUACCUCCGACUUCACGACGCUGACGGACGAUCAUGUCAGCUUCGACGACGCCAUCCACAAGGCCAAGAUCCAAAUCGACGAAGAAGGAACCGUGGCCGCAGCGGCGACGGCCAUCUUCGGGUUCCGGUCGUCGCGGCCCGCGGAGCCCACACGCUUCGUGGCCAACUUCCCCUUCGUGUACCUCGUGUACGAGCGGCCUACCAACUCUGUGCUCUUCAUGGGCGUCUACAGGGACCCUAAGAAAUAAACAACACACUUGUUGUGUUUAUUUUUGCGUUUUUUAGACAUAUAAAAGUA